CGUUAUGUCAAUGGCGUAAAAAAUUGCAAUGCUUUCUCAAUUUGGCUUGUUACGAUCGCACUGGGUCAGUGCGCACAGCAGACGCAGUUAUUUUGCAAGCUCCCUUGGUCUGUGCUACGCACCUUAGCUGAAAGAUUGUUGUUUUUUCCAGGAAUAUCGACUCCGAUGAAAGGAAUUGCAGGGAGGACUGCAGUGACGCUCCUGAUAAUGAAAGAAUUAUUUUAGUCCAGGAGAAACAGCUUAGGAUGCUUUUCAAUUUCUGCCGCAAGUGCUUUGCACCUUGCACAUGUCAUGUCCAGUGCCAAGGAACUCUUUUUCAGAUGACUACAGUCUGCAAGUCGGGCCACACGAUUUCUUGGCAAAAUCAAAAUUGCAUUCAGCAGUUGGCUGCGCUCAACCUGCGGCUUUCUGCAGCCAUACUAUUUUCUGGGUGCAACCCAACUGCUACCCUCCGGAUGCUUUCGCUUGUUGGGGUACAAGUAUUCGGAGAGAGGACAUUUUUCAACAUUCAGCGUUCUCACCUCUGGCCUGCCAUUGGGAAGGUGUGGAAAAACGAACAGCAACUGUUGCUUGCGGAUAUAGGGGAGCAAAAAGUGAGACUUGCAGGCGAUGGGCGAGCCGAUUCGCCUGGAUUUAGCGCAAAGUUCGGAACAUACUCCUUUCUGGAUCUUCAGCGCAACAAAAUACUGCAUUUUGAACUUGUGCAGUCUAAUGAAGUAGGCGGAAGCUGCUAUAUGGAGCUGGAAGGCCUGAAACGUAGCCUCAGCUUCCUCCAGGAUCACCGCAUUGAUGUGACGUCUAUUGUUACCGACCGGCAUGCCCAGAUAAAGUGUUUUCUUCGGAAGGAGAGGUCCGACAUCACGCAUGAAUUCGAUGUCUGGCAUGUCGUUAAAGGUGUUCACAAAAAGUUGCUUGCUGUGGCUAAGAGAAAUGACUCCAAAGAGCUCAAGGAGUGGACGCAAGCUGUUGGGAACCACCUCUAUUGGUCGGCUGCCUCAAGUGAGGGCCACAAGGAGCUCAUUGUUCCGAAGUGGAAAUCACUGCUAAAUCAUGUCAGAGACAUUCACAGCCAUGAGGAUGCACUGUUUCCAUCCUGUCUCCAUGGAGACAUUGAACCGCGGAAUUGGCUUAGCACAGAGUCGAAGGCUUUCCAGAAGCUGAAGGAAGUAGCGACUUCCAAGGCCUUCCUGAGAGAUUUGCCGCAAUUAGCAACGAAGUUCCAGACCUAUGGUUUAGAAGCUUUCCAUAGCGUGCUGCUGCAUUUUGCGCCCAAGUUGUGCCAGUACUCCUUUGAAGGAAUGGUGGCAAGGUAACUAAAUAUUUCAGCUUUGCAGUUGAGUCUUGAUGAGAUACUGAAAUCAAGCGAGCAGUGUGUUUCAGUGAA